AUGGACAACUUGGAAGGAAUGCUUAUGGUGCCUCCCGAACGAGGCCCAAUUCUUGGUAAAGCUGUUUGGAAGCAUAAACAGUUGCGAUAUGUUGUCGUCGGAAGACGUGCCACCAGAAUUGGCCCUAGUCAAUCGCAGUCAAUAUCUAACGGUCGUAAUAACAGCCUCGGGGGCAGCAGAUCUUUCCCCAAACUGCCUAUAGAGGAAGCCUGUAUAUUCAUUUACAAACAUAAGGACGACACCGAGCCUAGCCAGCAAUGGCUAUUGAGCACUAUUACGGACUGCCAGGUACAACAAAUCACACAUCGCAAACAGGGUCCUGUUCUUCCUACUCUUGUGGUAUCUAUUGCCGAUAAAGAGAAGAAGAGACGUUCAAGUCGGGCUGCCGGUUUUAUCUCUUCGAGCAAAGAUGCAAACGCAACGACUCUAUGGUUUCGCACACCCUCAGACGAUCAUCAUUUAAGUUUACACGAAUGGGCGCGCAACAUUCUUUCCAGGAAGUCUCCUAUGAGCCCAGCAGAAAGCCCAAUGUCGCCCCAAUUCUCCAAUCCGUUUUCGUCCAUGUCUCGCGAUGCCUCCGAUUACUUCUCCCGCCCCAGUAGUGGCCACCGAUCCGGCCGCUCUGAUCCACGAAGUCUUCAGCAUAAGAGUUCUGUGACUACUCAAUCGACAGCCACCACCACCACCACUACUAGAGAGCGACCCCUCACAUUCAGUUCCGAAUCACCCAGUUUAAGAUCGAAGCGAAGCGACAUUUCUUCUCCCUCAAGUAAUAAUUAUCCGAUUCAGCAAAUGAACUUCCCGAUUCCCGGCCAGCACUACACCACAGUCCUUCCAAGUGAUCUGCCAUCUCCUGUCAACACCACGAGUGAUUAUCGAGGGGAAUUCAUCGAAGGCUGGACCUCUGCCCAGGGAAGAGCAUCUACGAUGAGCUCACCAAUUCGAGGUCGUGGCAGUAUCAGCUCUCAGCCUCCACAUCCCUCCAUCGCUGGAAUAGAAUCGAGCUCUCCCCCUGGGCCUCGCGAGACCAUUCUAGACAGAGCGUUCCAGAUGCGCUGCAUUCCUGGAUCGGAGAAAGAGGUUCCUGGUGAAGAGAAGCUGAGCUCUUUAGCUCGGUUUGAUGCAUUGAUGCGAGAAGCUGAUGGCAAGAUAAAGCUGAAGGAAGAAGCUGAGCGAGCUCAACAGUUGGCGAUGCGUAGUGCUUUCGAGGCGUCUGAGAGUUCCAGCGAAGAUGACGAUAGUGAUUCUGAUGAUUCCGAUGAGGGUGCAUAUGGCCGUAUUCCCGAUCGACGAGGGCCAGCCUUAAUACCCCCAACAACACAACGGGCUCUGCAGUUUAUUGCUGAUCGUGGUGACCCAGCACCAUUGUCACCCUCCAGUCGUUCUUCAGUAUCCAGGACCCCAAUACCACAACAGACUCCGCCCAUCCGACCACAUACUGCGCACGCAAAGAUCCGGCCAAGUCCUUCACCAAGGACAAAUAGUACCCCCCAGUUGAUUGCCAGCAUGGCUAAGCUGGAAAUGACAGCACCCAACAGUAAGGUGUCUGAUGAUUCCUCUGUGCGGUUGAGUGCAGACAAGCGUCUGUCCACCUCGAGCACUGCUACGAAAAGGUUGAGUUUUACCGAGUUUACCAAAAGAUUAUCGAGCACCAGCAGCUUACUGUUCGUCCAGACGAACGCUAGUGGGGGGAGUUCCCGGUGA